GGCAGCAUUUCUUGUCGACGUGUGAAGGGAGGGAUUCUGACACACAAACAAACGGCCACUGGUUCGAUGUGGGAUACCGAGACCCGUGACAUGUCUGCUGGAAUUGGAAGAUAACUGCGCUGUAUAUCUGCAAGAUGUGGCUAAAACCGGAAGAAAUCCUGCUAAAAAACGCCUUCAAAUUGUGGGUCACCGAGAAGGAUAACGAGUACUUCGUUCUGCAAAGGAGACGAGGCUAUGGAGAAGGUGGAGGCGGGCUGACAGGCCUGCUUGUUGGAACUUUGGACACGGUGCUGGACUCCACAUCCAGAGUAGCUCCUUACCGCAUACUUCACCACACACCAGACUCCCAAGUGUAUUGGUCGAUAGCAUGUGGCGUCACCAAAGAGGAGAUUUUCCAGCACUGGGACUGGCUCCAACAGAACAUAAUGAGGACACUUUCUGUUUUUGAUUCAAGCGAAGACAUCACCAGCUUCGUACAGGGCAAGAUUCGCGGUCUGAUUGCAGAAGAAGGGAAAAGCUCUCUGGUGCUGGAGGAGGAUCCAGAGAAGUUUAGAGAAGCAUAUUUGAGGUUUGAGAAAUGGUUUGAGCUGCCAGCGGAGGAGAAGCUGGUCACUUAUUACUCAUGCAGCUACUGGAAAGGCAAAGUGCCUUGCCAGGGCUGGCUCUACCUCAGCACCAACUUCCUCUGCUUCUAUUCCUACCUGCUUGGAUCAGAGGUCAAACUGAUCAUCUCCUGGGAUGAAAUCUGGCGGCUGGAGAAAACAUCAAACGUCCUUUUAACAGAGAGCAUUCACGUGGUGGCUCAUGGCGAGGAUCAUUACUUCUCCAUGUUGCUACACCUCAACGAAACAUUCACCAUCAUGGAGCAGCUAGCUGACUACUCUAUCAAACGCCUGUUUGAUAAGGAGUCCUUCGAGCGGGAGCCAGCGCUCUCCGACCCGUUGCAAAUCACUAAAAGAGGCCUUGAAGCUCAUGCAAAAAGCGACCAGUUCCGUACAUUUUUCAGACUUCCCAAAGAGGAGAAUCUUUUGGAGGUGCAUGAGUGCUUUCUCUGGGUGCCCUUCAGCCAUUUCAACACACUUGGCAAGAUCUGCUUAUCUGAGAACUACUUGUGCUUCGCCAGUCAGGAUGGCAGCCAGUGUCAUGUCAUCGUCCCGAUGCGAGAGGUUGUGAAUGUUGAGAAACCGGACGCCAACACCAGAGCACUAACAGUGUGUGUGCGAGGCAAGAGAGCGCUGAGAUUUUCUGAAGUGCGGGAAUAUCAGCGGCUUGCCAACACGAUUCGCAGCAGAUGUGGGAUCAGUGCGAGCCCGCAGCACUCUGCUUCAUCUAAGGCCAUACGAGGUGAAUGUCAGUCUCUCAUAAACCACUUCGAGGAUAACCCAGAGGAUGUGACACUCAUGGUCGGGCAGAAGGACAGCAGUAAAGCAGUGAGCACGGAGGCUCUCAUGACUGUGUUCCACCCUCAGGAUGGGGAAAAUCUAGACCCUAAAAUGCUGAAGGAGAAAAUGAAAGAGCAGUCAUGGAACAUCCAUUUUUCGGAAUAUGGACGAGGGACCAACAUGUUCUUCACCAGGAAAACAAGGGAUUUAAUUGCUCGUGGUGUUCCCGAGUCUUUAAGAGGGGAGCUGUGGAUGCUGUUCUCAGGAGCAGUGAAUGAUAUGGCGGCUCACCCUGGUUACUACUCUGAGUUAGUGGAACAGUCUCUGGGUACAAGCACACUGGCCACGGAUGAGAUUGAGAGAGACCUCCACCGAUCACUGCCGGAGCACCCCGCCUUUCAGAGCGACACUGGCAUCUCGGCUCUCCGGCGAGUCCUCACCGCCUAUGCCUCCAGGAAUCCCAAAAUAGGCUACUGCCAGGCCAUGAAUAUCCUUACCUCUGUUCUCCUUCUCUACGCUAAAGAAGAAGAGGCCUUCUGGCUCUUGGUGGCCAUCUGCGAGCGGAUGUUGCCGGAUUAUUUUAACCGCCGAAUUAUUGGUGCGUUGGUGGACCAGGCUGUGUUUGAGGAUCUGAUCCGGGAACACCUCCCCCAGCUGGUGGAGAACAUGACGGACCUGAACUUCUUUUCCUCCGUGUCCUUGUCCUGGUUUCUCACGCUCUUCAUCAGCGUGCUCCCCAUCGAGUGUGCAGUGAACGUGGUGGACUGUUUCUUCUACGACGGAAUCAAAGCUAUCCUGCAGCUGGGCCUGGCUGUGCUGGACUACAACAUGGAGGCCCUGAUUAGCUGCCACGAUGACGCAGAAGCUGUCACAAUCCUCAACAAAUUCUUUGACAGUGUUACGAACAAGGACAGUCCACUGCCGCCGACCGUGCAGCAGGCUCCUGUGGGCAGCAACGAUAAAUCCUCCCAUGUAACUGUUGACAUCAGUGAGCUCAUCCGAGAAGCCUAUGAGAAAUAUGGGAACAUUCGCUCCGAAGAAGUGGAGAGUUCCCGGAAACGAAACAAACUAUUUGUGAUCCAGACGCUCGAGGACACAACCAAGCAGAAUGUGAUUCGUGUGGUAUCACAAGAAGUGCGAUUUAGUGCCUCUCAGCUGGAUGAGCUUUAUAAUCUGUUCAAAAGGCAACACUUUCUCAGCUGCUACUGGACGAUGAAGAGUCCUGCUCUUCUUCAUCAUGACCCGAGUCUGGCCUACUUGGAGCAGUACCAGUUGGGUUUCCAGCAAUUCGGUGUCCUCUUCUCCCUGUUGGAGCCCUGGGAAUUCUGCACCAACAAGAGCACCCUUUCUCUUUGGAUUUUUCGCCUCAUAGAUGAAAACCAGGACGGCUUGGUGAACUUUAAAGAGUUCUGUUGUGCCCUGGACACUCUUUACGGUGGAUCUUUCACCAACAAGCUGAAAUUCCUCUUCAAGCUUCAUCUGCCACCAGCUUUUACAGGAAGUCCUUUACACUGUAAGGACCAACGACUCCCGCACUUUAUUCCAGUGGCUGAAGACUCUUCUCUCUUCAGUAAACUGGCUGAAUUUGAUCUUCCAGAAGAUGGUGUGAUUCGGAAGAGUCCAGAAAGAGGACGGGGGAAGGUGGACUUGCAGGCGUACCUGAAACAGUGGCAGAACGAAAUACUGAAAAAAGAAGAAACCAUCAAGGAUCUUCCCAGAAUUAAUCAGACCCAGUUCAUCCAGUUCUCCAAGACGCUCUACAGCAUCUUUCACGGUGAUGCGCAAGAGGAGUCUCUGUAUCGUGCUGUGGCCCAUGUGACCAGCCUGCUGCUGAGGAUGGAGGAAGUGGGGCGGAGGCUGCAGGAGCCAUGCAGCCCGCCUGCAUCCUCCAAGCCUGCUAUAGAGGACGCUUCCACGGAAGAAGCCUCUGUGACCCCGGAGAGCUCCGACACCAGCCAGGACUCCGGUCCAGAACUCUCUGAGAUGGAGUGGUCUUUCUCGUUCGAGCAGAUUCUUGCCUCCCUGCUGAAUGAGCCCACCAUUGUCAGCUUUUUCGAGAGGCCAGUUAACUUCCAGACUAAAGUGGCGCAUGCCCAAGUGGCCCAGCUCCAGAUCAAGACCAAUAAAUAAUAAAACUCUUUUUAUUUAAAAGCACUAUGCUUUGCUUCUCUGAAGAUGAAAGGAUCGAGGUGGGGCAGACAGGGGACGGUAAGAAGAGCCACACACUAUGUAAUGGUGACUUUGGCAAACUAUCACACAUUUGACUUGGCAGUGACCCAGGUCACCUGUCUGCAGACCCUCACCUGAUAAAACAGUGCAUUUUAACAAUUCGAUUUAUUUUUAUGAAAGAAAAUAUACAUACACAAUAAUAGGAGUUUAAAUGCUCUGUUUUGUUUUUGAAUUUUGUCUCAGUAAAUCAGAAGAAUCGACAGCCUUGAAUUGAGUGACUCUGAUCUCAAAAAGCUUUCACACCUGUCAAUCAAAUUUAAAAAAUACAUUUUAAAUCAGCAGAUGUUUAUCAUACAAAAGAUUACUGUCAAUCAGAAAUUAACAGAGCAACAUAUCUUGUUUUAAACUCUCAUUAAAAAGUUAAUUUCAUUGUUAAACUGGACAUUUUCUUUUUGGGCCACUGAGUAUUGACAUUUCAAUCCUCUAUAUGCAAUUCACAAGGCUGACUAAACUCUACCUUACCUUUUGUUAAAAAGAAGCUUUCUGAGUCUAGAUUUCCCAUCUCAUAUGGUGCAAGUACAAAUGUGUCAUAUUUUGUCAACAAUCUGAAAACUGUCGACUCACUUUCCGCCAUUUUCUGAUAUGCACCCCGCCCACCUGUGAUGUCACAGCAAUGAUGUCACUUUCUCCUGUAAAACUAGCUUAACAAAGUGUAUUCAAAAAGUAGUGAAUGUUUCUGACCAUGUGACUAUAUGCUCAUUAGCUUAGAGUUGCUUUGACCAACACCAGCUUUUCUUCAAUGUUGUGGUGCCGAGCGGCACAUUUCAUUGAGCAUUGGAGGCCUACCAUGAACCUAGAUGUAGAGGAAGUCUGAUUUGGUGCAGUUCAACAGACACACACAGGUUAUUGCAAUAACACCCUGCAGCCGCACGUCCAUGGGCGUGUAAGCAAGUGGUCGCUGCUUAGCAAAACUUCAACGUGUGGGUCACUUCCUGUUGUGGUGUUUAAUCAGCUGUAGUCGUCGUGUGGGUAGUCAGUAUGAGCUCGUCCUGCAUCUGAUCAAAUCUCAGGGUUCAAAUUGUGUGUAAAGGAAUUUAAGGGAUGUUUUUGGGGGGGAUUAAGCAAAGUGAGGAGCAUGUGUAGCCGAGUCACAGGAUCACUGCUUUUGCCUGCUUUGUUUUGCUGUCCUCUUGCUUUCAUUAUUUGGUGCCACUCGCCAUGUGCCGCAGUUUGCGUUAAGGCCUGUUAUCGUAAAUAAAUGCAGAUAAUUAUCUUUACCAGUGAUAAAUAAAGAAAAAAUGGUGUAAAUGUGAAACAGUCACACCUGCUUAUUGUCAUAAAUAUAUAUAUUUUUAAUAUAUAAAAUAUUAUAUAUAGUCCUGACAUUUCUGAAACUAAAUAAGAAUAUUGCCCAUACAAUUUAUAAAAUAAAAUAGAUAAAUGGUUUCCUCCAUAAGAUAGUAGAUAUUAUUUAGUUUUGAUUUUUCAUAUUUUUUCUUAGUAAAGCCAGAUUUUAUUUUGUUGCUGUCCAAGAUGAUGCAUUGAAUUUGGUAAAACAAACGCACUUUUGAAUUAUGCUGUUUAUGUCUGUAAAGGAGUGUAGUUUGAUUUCACGAGUGGCCAAAAUUUCAAGCUUUUAUCUGCUUAUGUGGGAAGAAGUGCAAUUUCUUUUUUUUUUUUUGCUUGAAAGCCUUGUGCUUGUUAAAUAGUUGAGUCAAUCCAAAGUCGGAUGAAGUGGAAAUAUGCAUCUGUAAGCGAACACUAGCCAUGGUUACUGUCGACGCCACUCGUGUGACGGCAAGUGGAGUCUGUUGAUGUUGUGUGGUGAUGAUUCUGUCGAGUCUCCGGCUCCAUCAGGAACUCAUUUCAUCACCAACAUUUAACGUUUAUUUGUGGUCACAUGCUGCGUUUUAAAUGUAAUAGAAAAGUCCACAUUUAAGACUUGGAUUAAAUAUUAAUGCCAUUGUAUUUUGUUUGGUUUAUUUCAUGCAUGUGCAAAUGGUGGAGGGGAUAUUUCAGUGUUGAAUACAUGAGAGGGAAAUGCACACUGAAUGUGUUGAUGAGGCCUCCAUUUUUUACUAUAAAGGCAUUGAGAAGCGUAAUCCAGCCGGCGGUGUGGAAGUGAAGGAACAGAUGAAGGAGAGUGGGCUGCGCAGUUCUGGCCACCGGCCACCGUCAGCAGGGUUCUAAUGUUUCUGCAGCUGCUUGAUGAAUCGACAUGUGCAAUUGUGCUCCGUCUUUCUCUGUUUACCUGACUUUUUUUUUUUAGCUUCUUUGAAGUGUGCGGAAUAAAG